CGAGCAUGAAAUACUGUUCACGAAGUGACAUUUUUAUACGCUGUGACAUCUCCGGGAUGUCUGUAUCAAGAGACCAUUGCUCCACAUCGAGGCGUCAGUGGAUCAAACUCGGGAGAGCCUCUCUUCUCCGGGAUAAUCUACACAAAGUGUCUGUGGGUGCUGGAGUGGGCUGGUAGGAGUGGCUGUGGCGCUGGCAGCCUGCUUUGCAUGAAUCGUGGAAGUCAGUGGCUGCAGCUUAGAUAUUUCCUGUCAGCCGCACACAAGCCUAGGCGAGGGCGGAGGAGACGAAGAGAGGGAUGGCAGAGAACAGCUCCGAGACAAGCGGUUCCGUCCACCGGAGAUGUUUGGCCCAUUCUCCGGCGGAGAGACACGUUCCAGCCGGUGUCGGGGCAUCGAAGUGGAUCCGACUAAACGUCGGGGGGACGUAUUUUUUAACAACGAGACAGACGCUGUGUCGAGAUCCAAAAUCAUUUCUGUACAGACUGAGCCAAGCUGACCCCGAGCUCGACUCCGACAAGGAUGAAACUGGUGCCUAUCUCAUCGACAGAGACCCCACAUACUUUGGGCCAGUGCUGAACUACUUGAGACAUGGCAAGCUGGUGCUCAACAGGGACUUGGCAGAGGAAGGUGUGCUAGAAGAGGCCGAAUUCUACAACAUCACAUCAUUAAUAAAGCUCCUCAAGGAUAAGAUCAGGGAUCGCGACUGUAAAACAUCACAGGUUCCAGUGAAGCAUGUUUACCGUGUGCUGCAGUGCCAGGAGGAGGAGCUGACACAGAUGGUGUCGACCAUGUCUGACGGCUGGAAGUUUGAACAGCUUGUCAGUAUAGGUUACGGGCGGGCCCACCAGUCAGAGUUUCUGCUGAUUGUGUCAAGGGAGGUGAAGGGAGAGGAGUCUGCUUUGCCAAACAACAGCGGAGAGCUGGUCAGCAUAGGCUCCUCUUACAACUACGGAAACGAAGACCAAGCCGAGUUCCUGUGUGUAGUCUCCAAGGAGCUGCACAAUCAAUCAUACGGGACAAACAGUGAGCCCAGUGAGAAGGCUAAGAUCCUUCAGGAAAGGGGUUCCCGGAUGUGAAGAGGAGUCUGUAUUAUGAGCUCCAGGUGUUAUGAUGCGAACAUAUCAUCUUUGUGGAAGAACGUUUGGCACAAUGGAGAUUUAAAGGAGGGGUGUGCAUUUAUUUUGUGUUUUUCUCUCCAUUCUUUGUUUUUAUUUCUUGAUGUAAAUACAUCUGUUUACUGACAAUUUGUGCCUGUACAUUUAAACUGGACCUUUUUUGAAUUAGCGACAUUUCUUUUUUUUUUUUUUUUUUUUUUUUUUUUUUAAAUUAAGAAUAAGGAAUUGCAAUCGACAAAUGUUUUACGCUUUAGAAUAUGGCCAUCAUCAUAUAAGGCCAAUGAUUCACUCAGGGUCAUCUAUUGAGUUCAUUCAUUAACCCUCCAAAUCAAGGGUCUGCUAAGGGAUCAAACCGUCUGCUCUCUAUCACUCAAAAUCAUUGUUUAGAAAUGUAAAGAAGGGAAUUGUGUUUAUUUAGCACAUGGUAAAGAGUUCAAAUAUUAAAUAUGAAAUUCACCACAAAAAACAAAUCGAUAAAAGGUUUUCCCAAAGAUUUCAUACGGUUGUACUGAGAUUUGUGAUCAUGAGGAUCCCGGCUAUACAACACACACGCAUUCAGAUGCAUUUGAAACAUUUCAAAAAAUCUUUUUUUCUGUGUAUAUUCACUGUCAAAGGAACAAUAAUAUUCUACGACCAGGACGACAGCUGUGAACAGCGUCGGUGAUUUGAUACUGCAGGUAAAGGGGCAUGGUAUGAAAGUCCCAUUUUCACAUAGACCAACUAAGAUGACUUGGAGAGAUCAGUCAUAUAUGGCGAUGCAAGAUAAUUCUUGUUCUUUAUUGCUUAAAAAGUAAAUCGUGUUGCUCGUGUAGUUGCUUGUGGCACCAUGUAAUCUUGCAACCUUAGUAACACAAUUACCCACAGAUGGCCUGGUGUGUGCUGUGGGAUUAAAUAAUGUUUUCAGGAAAGUCCACUGAAAAGAUGUAUUCCUAUUAUACAGUUACGUAUUGGAUACACAUUUAGCCACACAUUUCCACAUAGAUUUCUAUCACUUUUAAUCUGCCAGACAUUUUGUCUGAACUCCUCAUGUUCAUAAAUCUGAAGUUAACUGCCCAAAUAGUCAACGGUGUUUUUAAAAUGUGAAUUCUGGAUUACAAUGACAUUCUUUUCUUUUUAAACAUCAGUGUCCUGUUUCUUGUCGGGACAAACAUCCUGGAGACAAUGACGUCUUUAGAAAAAAAAAAAAAAAGUUUUCUUUUUUUUUUUUUUUUUUUUU